AUGUGGGGUUUUGUGCUCUCUCUGGCCUUGGUCGCUGCCCUCCAGGUUCCCGGCCUGGCAAAUGAUUCCCAGGAGAUCGUUGACAAACACAACAAUCUGAGGAGAGAAGUGAAGCCCACUGCCUCCAACAUGCUGAAGAUGAGCUGGAGCAGUGAAGCUGAAGCCAACGCCAAGAGAUGGGCCAACAAGUGCAUUCUGAAGCACAGUCCAGACAGCGAGAGGAAGAUCAGCUCGAGCGGCUGUGGGGAGAACCUGUACAUGUCGAGCAACAAGAACAGCUGGAGCGACGCCAUCCAGUCCUGGUACAAUGAGGUCACGGACUGGAAGUACGGAGUGGGCUCUGUCAACGGGAAAGUGGUGGGACACUUCACUCAGCUGGUGUGGUACCGCUCCAACCUGAUUGGCUGUGCCCUGGCCCACUGCCCCAACGCCGAGUACCAGUACUUCUACGUUUGUCACUACUGCCCUCCAGGGAACUACCAGUACUCUAAGCCCUACACCUCGGGGUCGGCCUGUGCUGCCUGCCCGGGAAAGUGCGAUAACGGCCUCUGCACCAACCCCUGCCCUUACACCAACCAGUACAGCAACUGUCCAAGUCUGGCAGCAGGAGACGGCUGCAAGAACCAGCAGGUGGCGUCGUGGUGCCCUGCCUCCUGCAAGUGCACCAACCAGAUCAUCUGA